AGAACGGUGCCCCAAACAUACGGUGAUGGAUUCCUCGGAGAUGUGGAAGUUGGAAACCACCGAACGGAAGAAAUCAUUUUGUACCGAGUCAUCGUAUUUAACAAUCCGACGAAUGACAUUCAGAGCGGCAGUGUGCAGUUUUCCCAUAAAGGAAUCUCCCAUUAUCUUUCCGUUGUAAAUCAAUCAGGCAGUCAGGCGAUAGUGUGCAACAAUCCGGACUCUUUGGGUACAUCCAAAGUCAGGCUAAAUAUCCGCGUCCAUCCCAACACGGACUCCACUCUCGAUCUAAUUUUAGCAUCACAUUAA